AUGAGGAAUCUCAUGAUCUCCUUAUACAUAUAUGAGGCGAAAGAAGAAGUGAGAAGUCGUUUGGAGGGUGUGGCUGGCAAGGCACUGGGCUUCGAAGCUGAGGUGCAAGGAGGAGAGCGAGUAGGAGAUACACCAGGCGCCCACGAGACACAUUAUGGUGAGCACAGCAGCCAUGCAAACGCUGGUGAGGGCGUCGACCAAGUGGGCAUGGGCGCAUUGGGCAAGGCACAGGCAAACGCGCUAGGCAAGGUGGCUCAGACAGGCACGAUAGUUGUGGGUGAUGCUGACAGGCAGGGCACGGGUGAGAUGGGUGCCGCGGGUGCUAAGUCGACAAUGCAUAAGGCAGCAGGGCGCGGGGCGUCCAGGCUACAGGUUGUGGGCAUCGAGGUGAUAGGGCACAAGGUGUGCGCUAUGGGCGCAGACACGUGCGCUGGUGUGGUGACGGGCUUCAGGGGGUGA